AAGUUCACGUAUUUGCAGCGUCAGGAAUCAACUCGAUCUCUCGCAGGGAGUUGCAGAGCGAGCGAGGGAAGAGAGCUCCCGGGAGCACAUCAGACUAACACAGCGAGCGUGACGGUGACGAGGAUGCCCUGCCUGAGUCCAGUAAUUGCCAGGAGCCUGCAAUCAUCAGCCGGUGUCCGGAUAUGGAGAAUCGAGAAAAUGGAGAUGGAACCGGUGCCCCAAGCGUCGUACGGCAACUUCUACGAAGGCGACUGCUACAUCGUCUUAGCGACACGGAAGAUUGCGCGCUCCCUGUGCCAUGACGUGUAUUUCUGGUUGGGGAGGCAGUCCUCGCAGGACGAGCAGGGCGCCGCCGCCAUCUACACCACACAGAUAGAUGACGCACUGCAGGGCGCCGCCGUGCAGCACCGCGAGGUCCAGAGGCACGAGUCCGAGAGCUUCCGCAGCCUCUUCAAGAAAGGCCUGAUUUACAAGCGUGGGGGCGUGGCCUCUGGUCUCAAACAUGUGGAAACCAACACGUAUGAUGUGCAGCGACUGCUACACGUGAAGGGAAGGAAACAUGUUUACGCUGGAGAGGUGGAAAUGGCCUGGACGAGCUUCAAUAAAGGAGACGUCUUCCUGCUGGAUCUUGGCAAACUGAUCGUCCAAUGGAACGGCCCCCUCAGCAACCGCAUGGAGCGGCUCAAGGGGAUGCAGUUGGCGAAGGAUAUCCGUGACCGUGAGCGCGGUGGGCGGACUCAGAUCGCCAUUGUGGAGGGAGACAACGAAACGGCGUCACCACAGCUGAUGAGGCUGAUGUAUCAGCUCCUUGGUGAACGGCGUGAGAUCAAACUGCCGAUCCCCGACGAGUUGGUGGAUUGUAACCAGAGAACCGCCGUCAAGCUUUACCAUGUCUCCGACGCAGAUGGUAACCUGAUGGUGCAUGAAGUGGCCGCUCGACCUCUGACCCAGAAUCUUCUGAACAGCAAUGAUUGUUACAUUCUGGACCAGGGAGGCAUUAAAAUCUUCGUGUGGAAAGGGAAGCUGGCGUCUAAGGAGGAACGGCAGCUGGCAAUCACCAGGGCGCUGGGCUUCAUUCGGGCCAAGGGAUAUCCGCUGUCCACCAACGUAGAGACGCAGAAUGAGGGCGCGGAAUCCGCUAUCUUUAAACAGCUGUUCCAGAAGUGGAUGGUCAAAUACCAGACGGUCGGAUUGGGCAAAACCCACACCGUGGGCAAAAUAGCUAAAGUGGAACAGGUGAAAUUUGACGCUAUGGAGAUGCACGCCCGGCCCGAACUGGCCGCUCGGCACCAGAUGGUGGAUGAUGGAUCGGGCGAUAUAGAGGUUUGGCGUAUCGAGGACCUGGAGUUAGUGCCGGUGGAGCGACGCUGGCAUGGCCACUUCUACGGUGGUGACUGUUACCUGAUCCUGUACACGUACCGGCCGCACAGCAGGAACCAUUACAUCCUCUACAUCUGGCAGGGCCGGCACGCCAGCCAGGACGAGAUCACAGCCUCAGCGCUCCUGGCAGUAGGUUUGGACCAGCAGUACGGAGGUGAGCCUGUGCAGGUGCGAGUGACCAUGGGCAAGGAGCCCCAGCACCUCAUGUCCAUCUUCAAAAACAAAUUCAUCGUUUAUGAGGGAGGAACGUCGCGGAGUUGCCGUGUGGAGCCCGAGCCCGGGGUCAGGCUUUUCCAGAUUCACGGCCGCAAUGAAUAUAGCACCAAGGCCUUCGAGGUGCCGGCUCGCGCCUCCUCCCUCAACUCUAAUGACGUCUUUGUUCUCAAUUCCGACCUGUGCUGCUACCUGUGGUAUGGAAAGGGCUGCAGUGGUGACGAGAGGGAAAUGGCCAAGAUCCUGGCUGACAUCAUCGCCAAGCGGGAAAAACCCACGGUGUAUGAGGGGAAGGAGCCGGCCAACUUUUGGGCUGUGCUGGGAGGGAAAGCUCCGUACUGUAACGACAAGAGGUUUCAUGAGGAACACCAGAUGGUUAGCCCUCGCCUGUUUGAAUGCUCCAAUCAGACCGGCCGCUUCAUCGCCACGGAAAUCAUGGACUUCGACCAGGAAGAUCUGGACGAGGACGAUGUCAUGUUACUGGACACUUGGGACCAGGUUUUCCUGUGGUUCGGCAAAGGAGCCAAUGAGACGGAGAAGAAGAACGCUUUGGUUACCGCUCAGGAGUACCUGCACUCUCACCCCAGCAAGAGAGACACGGACACCCCCAUCAUCAUCGUCAAGCAGAGCUUCGAGCCCCCAACAUUCACCGGCUGGUUCAUGGCCUGGGACCAUCACAAGUGGGCUGGCAGGAAAUCAUACGAUGAGCUGAAGUUUGCGCUGGGAGACCCGACCGGGCUGAACGAUUUGAUGAAUGAUAUGCGGAAACUCCAUCUGUCGUGCAGCAAAAUGCCCACGUUUCAGGCCCCGACAAGCAACUUCUCGGCCCACCUGCUCGUCAACAUAGAGCCUGAAAACCUUCCUGAAGGCAUCGAUCCCACAAGGAAAGAGGAAUACCUGUGUGAUUCUGACUUUCGAGGCUGUCAUGGGGAUAUCACGAGUGAGCUUCAACGCCAUGCCUGAGUGGAAACAGAGAAACCUGAAAAAAUCUAAGGGAAUGUUCUAACCCCCCUCCCCUCCAACCUACCGAGCCUGAACCCCUUUAAUCGCGCUGCUUCAGGGGAAACCGCAAACCCCGCUAAUCACACCUCACUUCCCACAGCCGGCAGCUCACUUUCUGAUCAUUUAUCCACAAAACCACAACUAUAACUGAUAAAAGUGUGUAAAUCACUAACACGGGUGUGUAAAUCACUAACACAGGUGUAAAUCACUAACACGGGUGUGUAAAUCACUAACACGGGUGUGUAAAUCACUAACACGGGUGUGUAAAUCACUAACACGGGUGUGUAAAUCACUAACACGGGUGUGUAAAUCACUAACACGGGCGUGUAAAUCACUAACACGGGCGUGUAAAUCUCUCAACACGGGUGUAAAUCUCUAACGGGUGUGUAAAUCUCUAAUACGGGUGUGUAAAUCUCUAAUAAAAGAAUAAAGUGGGGUCUGAGGGUUAGGGGAGGGUCUGGCAUUUCUGCCCCCAAAACAAUUCAGGAUCAGCUUCUUGAUGUGAACGGUUAAUUGACGUGAAUGGUUAACAUUGAGUUAUGAUUAUGCAGUGAUGUGCUGAUGUGCUAUUUGCAGGUAUUUAUGAAUGUGAACAAUAAAAAGCUGACAGAU